AUUGCUGGAAGCGGAAGUUGUUAUGUGUCGACACGGGACAAUAAUGAGCCGUGCUAAUCGUGCUGUUAUGACAACGGUUUUCUCACGUACCGUCGCUUAAUUUAAACGGUGUCACUGAAGAAGUAUAGACAUGGAAGUGCCUUGCUACCUGCCCAAACUGCUCUUAGAGCUCAACGAGCAGCGUAAGAGGGACUUCUUCUGUGACUGCAGCAUCCUUGUUGAAGGCCGUGUCUUCAAGGCCCAUCGAAACGUGUUGUUUGCUGGGAGCGGCUAUUUCCGGGCUCUUCUGGUUCACUAUCUGCAGGAUAGUGGACAGCGCUCCAGCACAGCGUCGCUGGACAUUGUGACAGCCGAUGCCUUCUCGAUUAUCCUAGACUUCCUUUACUCUGGCCGCUUGGCCCUGAACAGAAGCAAUGUGAUUGAGGUGAUGUCAGCAGGCAGCUACCUGCAGAUGACCGAUCUGGUGAACUUCUGUAAGGGAUACAUCCGCUCGUCAUUGGAAAUAUGCAACAAGGAGAAGGAGCGGAAAACGGAGAAGGGUGGAGGGAUGGGUCCUGCAGACAGUGGCACUCCUGCUGUGACAGUCUCUUGUGGUGCAGAGGCUGUGGAGCCUCAUUCACAGGCUGCAGAGGCCGAUGGAGGCUCGGGUUUAAGUCUGAAGUCUGUGACCUUGGCUAAAACCCCCUUGUCCGUCCCUGUCACCACAACUCCGGGCACAAACAGAGACAUGGACAGCGACUAUCAUUCCAGGGAGGAAUUUGUAUCUGGGAGUAAAGGACACAUGGAUCAGACAAACCUCUCUUCCUCGUCAUCCUCUGCUUUAACCCCUGAGUUAGUGAACCCCAAAAUAGAGUACGACCCCGAUGAGGAGCUCAUGGAGUCCCCUGACACCAAAGACCUGGCCUCAUAUCCUGGGCCCUCUCUCCAUAAUCCUCAUCAUAGCAGACUACUUCCUCCCUCUCCUUCCAAUGAUCGCUCUCCGUUGGGAUACAGCCCUUCUUUUAAUGCCAAGCAGCUGAUGGAGAUUCUGUCCAGAAGUGAAGGCCCCAGUCCGGUGGGGGACAGAAUGGGACAGCGUUAUAACCAAGGACUAGGUAGCAGCACAGGAGGAGGCAGAAUGGAUGAAGGUUUAGGGUUUGUGGGAUCAUCUAUCAUGGAGAUCCAGUCUGAUUGGCUUGGAGAGGAAACAGGUGAUGGUUUGGUGGUGCAAGUGAAACUCCACAAGUGCCCAUUCUGUCCGUACACCGCCAAGCAGAAGGGAAUCAUGAAGAGACACAUCCGCUGCCACACGGGAGAGAGGCCCUUCCCCUGUCCCAUGUGUGGCAAGAGGUUCACAAGGCAGGAGCACCUUCGCAGCCACGCCCUCAAUGUCCAUCGGCACAACUGGCCAGUGCCGUGUAAGAGCUGCAGGCGAACCUUCACUGGAUCCGGCGUUACACCGGGACUCCGACGCUUCGGCAUCUGCGACAGCUGCAACUGCGUGACCACCACUCACGAGGAUUCCGCCAGCGUUCACCCGGCCGGCCAAGCAGAGCCCAUGGAUCGCGGCGGCGUGGGCACAGACUGGUCCAGUUUUAUGGACGGUGUAGACGAGGUGGAGGUUGGCAGAGUGGAGGACUUGGUAGAGAAACAGGUGCUUGAAAGGCAGCUGGCUGUCUGCACUGAUGUAGUGAAUAUGUAGUCUGCUGGCCAAACUGUUGUUAAUGUUAAAUUAUUACUAAAAUAAUGCCUUAUUUAUUGAUUAAUUCUAUUGUAACCAGAAAACAAAAUGUGUCCUUUUGACUGUUGGAGAUAUCGUGCUCCAGUGAUUUAAAAAUGUUUUGAAUCACAAAUGUGGUCCUUUUUAUAUUUGCUCAAAUGUACCUGUAUGUGCUGCACAUAAAGAGAACAUGGCUGUCGACCUUUACAGAUGCUAGACAAAAUA